AUAAACUCGGUAACCGCAACCCUCGAUACACGCAACUCCUCGAUUCAUGCAACACUAUAAAACAUAGCAUUGUAACCUUUAUAAGUGCAGCUACUCAAAAAUAUUGACCUCAAUAACUGCAACUUUACAUCUAAAUAUGUUUUGCAUCAGUUCUUUUUUGUCGGUUUCUUCUUAUGGCAUUUUUUUGUUAUGUAUUCACAAACUGAUCGUUAUUUUACCGUUGCUCUGUCGACUUUGCUGUUUUUUGUGUGCGUUAAGAGCAAUUGUCAACAAAUGACUUUCAUUAUCAGUUUAUUUUGCAACACGCCAGUAGUGUUUUAUGUGUAAAAGUCAUGGUGGUCACAAAAAAAUUAAUAAAACUAACAAUUAAAGAAAAAACUGAAAUUUUGGAUAAACUAGAAAGUGGUGUAUCAACAAAAGCUCUUUGUAUUGAUUAUAAAGUUCACAGAUCGACAAUAACAAGAAUAAAGAAGAAAAAAGCUUGUAUUCUUAAAUAUGCCACAAAUAUGGAAGCUGGGCCAGGAAAACGUCAAACCUUAAAAUCUUGUGAAUACCCAAGAAUGGAAAAGGCUCUCUACAAGUGGUUUUUGAAACAAAGGAGUGAAAAUGUGCCUAUAUCCGUCGGUAUCGUCAAAGCAAAAGCUCGCAAGCUCCAUGAGAAAAUAAGAGAAAAGACAGGAUGUUUUCAUGCAAGUAAUGGUUGGGUAUCUAAUUUCAAAAAGCGAUAUGGCCUCCGCCACUUGAAAAUUUUUGGAGAGAAGCUUUCCAAUAAGACAGCGUCCGUCGGCCCAUUUGUAAUACGUUUUAGAAAUAAAAUCAAGGAGCUUGAUCUUUCUGCAGAACAAAUUUACAAUGCCGACGAGUCCGGAUUGUUUUUCAGGCAGAUACCAGAUAAAACGUUGGUGAGCUUCAAGGAAUCAUCUGCUCCUGGUCGGAAAGUUAGUAAGGAAAGAAUAACAUUUCUCGCAUGCACAAAGGCUUCGGGUACGCACAAAGUUAAGCUCUUUGUCAUUGGAAAAGCAAAAAACCCUAGAGCAUUCAAAAAUUUUCAAAAAAUGCCCGUUGUCUACAAGGCUAACAAGAACUCGUGGAUGACUUAUUUGUUUUUCGAAGACUGGUUUCAUCAUACGUUUGUUCCUGAGGUACGCGAAUUUCUAGAAUUCAAGGGACUUCCCAAAAAAGCCCUAUUGGUCUUGGAUAACGCCCCGUGUCAUCCUAAAGACAAUGAGAUGAAAAGUGAUGAUGGAAUGAUAACCGUUAUGUGUCUUCCACCUAACUGUACCGCGAUCCUCCAACCAAUGGACCAAAACGUUAUUAACUUAACAAAAGUCUAUUACAAAAAAAGUCUUUUGGAGCAUUUAAUAGGGAAUAAAACCACUCAUCUGGAGGAAAAAAUAAAGGAAUUCAACUUAAGACAUGCUAUCUGUCUUCUUGUAAAUUCAUGGGAAAAAGUGUCAGCAAGCUCCAUUCGCAAGUGCUGGAAUAUUUUAAUGAAACCAGAUGUUGAGUGGAGUGAAGAGGACGAUAUUCCUCUCAGCAUUCUAAAAAGAGAAAUUGAAAAUGAACGCGCAAUCCUUGUACCAAUGCUCCAAGAACUUGCACCAAAUGAUUCGUUCACAAAUGAAGAGCUAAAUGAAUGGAUGCACGAAAGUGUUGCUUAUCAAGAAGUGGAUAAAGAAGCCGUAGAAAUUGAAAAUUCUGAUGUUAUUCCACCUCCUAAAAUAAAAGUAUCAGUUGCUAUGCAAUCUUUUAACACAUGCAUUCAGUGGGCUGAGGAAAACGAUAUUCCAAUAAAAGACAUUAUAUUUCUGAAAGAGCUUCGUGAAAGAGCCAUAAUAAAAACACUUAAUAAGAAGAAAGUGCAUACAACAAUACCCGAUAUGUUUAAAAAAUAA